AAGCCGAUGCGGCUCCGGCGGCGCGCGCUCGGGCCCCGGGACAUCGAGAUCGACAUGAAGUACUGCGGCAUCUGCCAUACGGACCUCCACACGGCGGCGGACCACCUGCCCAUCAAGACGCGCUACCCGUGCGUCCCCGGCCACGAGCUCGCGGGGAUCGCCGUCGCCGUCGGCGCGGACGUCCGCGGCGUGUCCGUCGGCGACCCCGUCGGCGUGGGCUGCCUCGUCGACAGCUGCCUCGAGUGCGCGGCGUGCGAGGAGGGCCGGGAGAACCUGUGCCGGAAGCGCGUGGGCACCUACGGCGGCGAGGACACGUCCGGGCGGGCGCGGUGCGUGCCGGCGACCGCGCGGACCUACGGCGGCUACACGAACCGCAUGGUCGUCGACGAGCGCUUCGCCAUCCGCAUUCCGAAGGACUACCCGCUGGAGUGCGCGGGGCCCGUUUUCUGCGCGGGCGUGACCAUGUACGACCCGCUCAAGCGCUACGGCGCGGGCGGAGGGACGAGGGUCGGCGUCGUCGGCCUCGGCGGCCUCGGCGUCAUGGGCGUCAAGCUCGCGAGGGCCCUCGGCUGCGACGUCGUCGCGAUCUCGCGCGGCGACGCGAAGGCGCGCCUCGCGAAGGACUCCGGCGCGACGAGCUUCCUCAACUCCGAGGACGCCGCGGCGACGGCCGCGGCCGCGCGCACGCUCGACCUCGUCCUCGACACGGUCCCCGCGGAGCACGACUGGGCCAAGUACCGCGCGCUCGUCAAGGACGACGGCAAGCUCGUCAUCCUCGGCGUCAACGCGGCCUUUGCGGCGUCGAUGAUCGCGGGCAAGCUCCGCAAGACCUGCUCCGUCGUGUCGUCGACCAUCGGCGGCAUACCGGCGACGCAGGAGGUCGUCGACCUCUGCGCGCGGGAGAAGAUCUACCCCGACGUCGACGUCGUCCCCGUGCGCGACAUCGGCCGCGUCUACGAGGCCCUGGAUGCCACCAACGACGCCGGCCGACGCUACGUCCUCGAC